GGCACGAUGCUGGGGUUUCUAUACACACAGGGCUAGGAUAGAGGACGUGGUAUCCUCUGUGCUUGUUUAGGAUGGAUAUAUAGGCUUUUUUUCAUAGUUCAAGACAGGGGAAAAGUAGAGUUAUUCCUCAGUUAGUGUCUGAUAUAUUGUAUAAUAUAAAGAACAGGGUAGAGUGGUGUACAGAGAGCGCGGGGUUGGUAGUGGGCGCUGCUGGUCUGUGCGGGUUUGUGGAGCGCGCUGUGUUUAGAGUGAGCGGCGGAGAAAGGGGCGGAGCUUCAGCGGCGGACAGCAGCACACAGCUUCAUCACCACAGCAGAAAGCCUUCACUGUGCUGCUGUUACUACAGAAGUCAUCAUGUCUUACCGCACCCAGCCACGAGACUUCAGCAACCUCAUACAAACAUGCAGCUCCAACAUUCAGAAAAUAACCCAGAACACUGGCCAAAUCAAAACCAUGCUGUUCCAGCUUGGCAGCAGACCAGACACACCUGAACUUCAGGACAGACUUCAGCAGAUGCAGCAUUACACAAACCAGUUAGCCAAAGAAACCAACAAGCACUUGAAAGAACUGGGUUCUCUACCUCCACCUCAGUCUCCGUCAGAGCAGCGGCAGCAGAGGAUCCAGAAGGACCGGCUGAUGAAUGACUUCUCUGCAGCCCUCAAUAACUUCCAGGUGGUCCAGCGUCGAGCAGCUGAGAGGGAGAGAGAGUCAGUGGCUCGGGCCCGGGCAGGUGGCCGCCUGCUGGUUGACGAGGGACAGGAUGAACAACUUGUGACAUUUGAAAAGAAUGAAGACUUGAGGCAAACACAGAGUCUGACAGAGGAGGAGCCCAUCACAGAAGAUGACCUGGAACUGAUCAAAGAGAGAGAAACCAACAUUAGGCAGCUGGAGUCAGAUAUCAUGGAUGUGAACCAAAUUUUUAAGGACUUAGCAGUGAUGAUUCAUGAUCAGGGGGAUAUGAUAGACAGCAUAGAGGCAAAUGUGGAAAGUGCUGAAGUGCAUGUAGAGCAUGGAGCUGAACAACUCCAGCGUGCUGCUUACUACCAGAGAAAAUCACGCAAGAGGAUGUGUAUUCUGGCUCUUGUGCUGUCCUUGGUGGUGACCAUUUUUGCCAUAAUUAUCUGGCAGGCUAUCAAGUGAGGUGAUGCCAUUUGUUCGAUUUGGUGCAUUUUACGAUAUUCAGUGUCGAAUGGAGUGAGAUUGGCUGGAUGAUUGAGCAUCUUCUUUGAUGUGCGUGUGUGCAUGUGUGUAUGUGUGCUAAAACUACUGUUUAUCAAAGAAUGAAAAGUUCCUCUUAUUACCUAGAACACGUCUGGUAAAAUGUUGAUGUGCAACAGAAAUACUGACCUAAAUCUUCAAAGCAUCUUGCAUGGCCAGCAGCCCUUUCUACAGGUUACCAUCAUGAUAGUGCUAGUGAAGUGAAGGUGUGUCCAGUUCCCAAAUAUUAGGCAACAUAAAAGAGAGAGAGAGAAAAUUAUUUGUUUAUUUAUGUGUAUGGGUGAGUGUGCACAAAUGUGCAUGUGUAUGCAAUACAAUCCAUAUGUAACUGGACAGUGACAAUUUUUGUGGUUUUGGCUUUGUACUCCUGUUCAUUUGAUCUGAAAUGGAACAUUAGUGAUAGUAAGAAUGUCAGCUUAAAUUUGAAAUAUGACAACUGAAUUUUUUAAUACAUACACUUUCAUUGACAUGCUUAGUUUUUUUCGGCUAGUUGUGAGUUGUUACAGAGCACUGAACAUGCAUUCCACUUACUGGACACAAGACUGAAAAAUAAAAGCCUCAAAAAUAAAGAUAUCUACAGAUAGAUAUAGAUAGCUAAUGUCUGGAGAUAUUCAUGGGUUGGAGAUAUGAAUUAUGAUUACCAAAACUUAGUUCUCAAGCUGUCAAAUUUAGGGUGUUUUCAUGCCUAAAAGGUUCAUGUGUUUGUUACAUUGUCUACAUUUGGUGCAGUAACCAUGGCAUAAUAUGUGGCCUGAUUCACUGCUAUAGCUACUAAUGAGUCAGAGAAUCUGAACCAAAUAGAGUGGGUGUGAAAGCAACCUAAAAUGCAAAAAUAUUGUUUAAAAUAUAGAUUUUUUCAGAAUAGCUCAAUGUCUCAUAUAUUUUACUGUACUAAAAUAAAUCAAAAGUUGUGAUUCUUGUGUUGACUGUGUGGGGCAGUUACCCAGACUGAGCUUAAACCUACUUAGACAUAGCUUUUUAAAUGGAGAUUGUCCUUUGAAAGGAAAAUAUAGUUUAUGACUAGGCUUAAUCCCUGUCUGGGAAACCAGUGUGUGUGUGUGUGUUUGUGUGUUUGUGUGUGUGUGUGUGUGUUUGUAAACAUGGUUGUGAUAUUCUACUUCCAUUUCUGAUCCAGUGUGAUGGAGCACAAAGCCAAAACUACUACAAAUAAAAUUGUUAAUAUCGAUGUUUAUUGCACUAAUGGAGGUAAUGCACAUAUUGUACAUGUACUUACUAAUACUCACUGUUUUUCCCUGUAAUUACCAUAACAAUUACUGUAUUUAUACAUAGUGUAUUCUACUGUGGCACAAUGUCUUUUUUAAGUGGUAUGGUGUCCAUAACGAAAGAUCAAAGUCACUCCAAACCUGCUGCUGUUCAUAUAAUGCAAGUACAUAUAUAUAUAAGCUAUGUGCUUUUACUGUAGCAUCAUACGAGUCUAAACAUCCAUUGAGACUCAGCAGGUCACGGGAAUUAAAUGUUUAAUCUGAACCUCAGAUUUGGUACAUUUGAUUAUAAUGUAAUACCUGAUGAAAUAUCAGAUUAUACUAUUGCUGUCUGUAUGUCCUAUGAAUAAGCAUAGUGUUUCCACUGCACAAAGUGUAUUUAUUUUAGAAACCUAUUUAUUAAUGAGGCUUUAGAAUUGUUACGUUAAUUUUUACUUUGUAUUUCUCUUUAUUGAUUUUAGCAGUUCCUUUUUAUUAUCAGAUGCUCUAACUUCACACACAUUUAUGUUUUGAUUUGUUUAAACACAUUUCCUGAAUGCCUAAAUAGUUUUGAUUUAUCUGAAGUUAUAAUUAAUAGGUAAAACCAAUGAAUAUGUCAGUUGUAUCAUACAUAUCCUGAUGAUUGCUGUUCUUACUGUACAAGUACACAUUGCUGUGGAACUCUGACUGUUUUUAUGUUAACCACUGGGUGGCACUCAGUGUACAGAAAAAAAAAAGGAAAGCUUCAUUCAUUAGUCCAAUAUUUACAUAACAUGUAAAUGAGCACAGAAAUCCUCCAGGUUUUAACCAGAGCCAUUGCUGACCUUAGCUAAAAUGAAUUGUGUUGUGGUCUGGGACACUGGGACUUGAGUCUAUAUAUUUAGCAUAUUUCUCCACAAAAGAUCUUUCAUUCUUAUAGGUGUCCUUGACUUUAUAUUGCAACUAUUUACACAAUACCCAUGGAGCAUUGUAUUAAUUUGUAUCUUUGGUCAUUUAAGUUUAAUGGGAACCUUCAAAAUCCUCAGUUAAAUCAUUGCAUUCUGUAUGUGCUUGUUUUGUUUUUUAACUAUUAUUGUGAUGCAUUUAAAUUAUGAUUGUAUUUGUAUUGCCUAGUUUUGCAUACAGUCCUUAGAUAACAAGGACCAUAAUGAAUUUUUCAUUUGAAGCCCCAAAAAUGUCCUGAAAGCGACAGAAGACGAACUGCCACAGACAUCUCCCCUGAGGACUGAGCCCAUCACGGCUCCAAAAGAGUGUACUUAAUAUGAUUUAAAACUUAAUGUCACAUUAAAUUUGCAUAUUGUCUGACAAUAGUCAUAGUGUAUAGAGGCUGUCUUACCAAUAUGCUUUAUACAUGUUCCUUGACUGCAUAAUGUAAUCAUUUUCAGGAAUGAAAUAUGAAAAUAUGUAGUUGUUGUUAAGCAACAUCCUUUCCCUUUUCCAGUUUCUGUAAGUGGACUGAUGAUUAGAUCUGAUGAAUCGCAGUGUUGCCUUAAGCAGAUUGUAAACUGAUUGAUUUGGUUUGUUACACAUGGAAAAUGCCACUGUCCUUUUUAUUUUAUGUUAAAUUUGAGGUCAUUUGAUUUGUUUAAAACAUUUAUACUCCAUUAAAAAGGAAGACUUC